AUGGAAAAAGGAACCAAACCGGAAGAUCUAGAAAAUUCUCAGCCUAUUCAUAUUGCAAAAAUGAGAAAGCAUGUUAUGAAGAAAACAUCAAGGGUAUGGCAGAACAACUAUUUGCUAAACAGAUUAUACUGUAUUACUUACGGAUUCAACCAACCAACCAUUUCAGAAGAAACUGGAAAUAAAGAGUUAUACCAGGAGAAAUUCUGCCAGCAUGGCCUGAAGGGGACUGGAAGAAGGCUAUCAGACUUCUGGGAUUCUCCAGGAUGGUCCAAUAGAGCUAUCUGCCUGCGAAUGGGCUUUAUCUUUCAAGUAAAAGGAAGAAUUGCCCUGAAAGCAGUUCAGAGGUCAGCGGGGCUGCUACUGCUAAUGUGGGCACAGGGGACACAAGUCUGGGACAGAGCCUUCUCCUCCAUUCCAGAGGCAUCAGGCAAACACCCAGAGCUGAGGGGGGAGGGCCACCUUCUAGAGCCAAGGAAGGGAGACUGUCACAUUGCUGAACCAGGAGGAGGCACCAUCAUUGGAGUCAACAUUUGCCACAAGGACGGAAAGUUUUGGCUCAAAGAUCCCGAGAUCUAGAACAUCUACCUGAGACUGCUAGACAAACUGUACAUGUUUCUAGCCAGACAAACCAAAUCCACAUUUUACCAAAUUGUGUUAAAGAGGUUGAUCAUGAGUCUCACUAACUGGCCUCCUUUGCCCUUUUCCCAGAUGAUCCAGAAGAUGAAGCUGUCUGGUCCAGAAGACAAAACACCUGUGGUUGUAAGGACUAUAAUCCAUGAUGUGCGUGUCCGGGAGAAGCCCAAUCUGAAAGUGUAUGCACUGCUGGUGGGAAGCCAUGCCCAGAGGAGCAUCCUCAAAGCUAGGGGCAAGAUCGUCACCUUUGAUCAGUUGACCCUGGACUCCCCCCAGGCCUAUGGCACCGUCUUGCUCUCUGGUCCACACAAAGGCCAAGUAUACAAGCAUUUUGGCAAGGCCCCAGGAACACUGCCCAGCCACACCAAACUCCACCUGCCACAGAGAGGCGGGAAAUUAGGCUGUGCCAAAGGACACAGGGCCAGCCUAGACUACAGAAACUAA